UUAACUAUUGAAAUGCUCAGAGGGAACAUUGCAACCGAAGUUAGGUUUUGGUUUUGGUACUUUCGUGAAGUGAACCAAAUUUUCUUUGCUACUGUUAUCUUUCAUCUCACCACCAUGAGCAGAUCAGGGCAACCACCGGAUUUGAAGAAGUACAUGGACAAGAAGCUUCAGAUUAAACUGAAUGCUAAUCGCAUGAUCGUUGGUACUCUCCGUGGCUUUGAUCAGUUUAUGAAUUUAGUUGUUGACAACACCGUGGAAGUGAAUGGCAAUGAGAAAACUGACAUAGGGAUGGUGGUAAUCAGAGGAAAUAGUGUGGUCACUGUUGAGGCGCUUGAACCCGUGAACAGAACCUGAUCCCUGUUUCUUGUAAACAUUUAUAAGUACAUUUUCUGGUUUUAAUAGCUGUGUAUUUGAACAAUGUAGCGGUUGAGAUUAGCUUGUAAUUGGAGAUCUUAAGAGGGUCAUCUUGGCCACUAAUUCAGGGUUCGUUUCUGGCUAAAUUGUGUGGGUGACCUAUGAUUUUGUCUGUGACUUGACUCCAUUGAAAUGUUCGUAUCUAUCCCUCUUAGCGAAGUAUUCCUUGUCUUUUUAUAUUAUAUUUAACUCGGAAACCUCUGUAUUUCUUUC